AGCUGAACUUCAAUGGACGACAGGAAGCCCUUCCAAAACCUGCAUGCACAAAAAGAUGGCAUAAACUCACAAAUUCCUUACUUGGAGGUAUCCAUAUGAAAACAGGAUGGUCAACUGGACAUUUUAGAGAAAUAAAAACAAAAAUUUUCCGAAUUAUGGAGCUCGUAGCAAUAGUGUCGCCAAAAAGUCCUCUGGACAACCAAAUGGCAAAAAUACCACUGCAGCUAAGCCAAGUGGGAGCAAUACAAAUCCAGCAUCUUCAAGAAAUAUGAAUUCUAGGUCAAAGCCUCAAAUUUUGAUCGAUAAAAAUAAAAAGUUCGGAAAAUAAGCAACGAUUCAAGCCUUUGGAAAAAUUAGAAAGAAAGCACCUCCAAGAAGAUGAUCCUGUGGAGUCCUUAGAUAUGAGUAUCAACUUUGGGCCAGUAACAUUCGAUGAAGCUGUCAGAGAUCCAGAUGAGGCAUUUUCUUCCGAUGAAAAAUCUGGCGGUCAUUUCAAAGAAGCUAUCAACGCUCAUAAGCAAAGUGAUGGUGAAGUUGAUUCAAGUGAUGACCAGAUUCAGAAUUUACCAAUAACGCAUAAAAUGACUCCGAAGAAGAAUCUUUCUAAGUCAAAUUUAAAGAAAAGAAGAAGAACACCAGAUUUAAGCAAAAAUUGUUCAUGUAAAUCCCAAAGAAACAACGAUGUUACUCCUCCAGUAGAAAGGCUACAAAAGAAAUAUUCUUUAGGCAUACCUGGCCAUUAUAGACACAAUCAGGAUGAAAUCCCUGGAGAGAGGGAAGAUGCCUGAAUCUUUGAUAAGAAAAUUCAAAAGAAUUACUAUCAAGCACCAGUGAAGAUCGUUAAAUUAAACAGUCCUGAUAGUACAAGGAAAUCACGUGGAGAGAAGUCUACAUCUUCAAGACGGAAACUCUCGAGGAAGAAGGUGUCUACAUCUCCAAAAAUCAGGAUCCCUAGGCAUGCAAAAGACUUUAACAAGGAAGUCAAACUAUGUUAUGACAAUAGUCUUCAAAAUUUUGAUGCUAAUUACGAUAAAAAUUAUGAACCCGAGAAUGAAUCUGACGAUGAAGCUCAUGAACAAGACCAGACUCUCAAUAAAAAAAUCUGCACUCCUCAAAAUAUUGAUAACAAGCGUGAUGAUGAGAACUUCGGCAUCAGUGAUAAUAUUUAUUUCAAAACUUUCGAAAAUGAUCAACCUGAAAGAAUUCAGAAAAUCGUUGAUGAAAAGAAGGAAAUAAAACCAAUUCUGAAACAUAAGAACCAGAAGAAUUUCAAACGGAUGAGAUCGCCGGCUAUUAAUAUAGAAAGACUCGAUGAUCAGCAAGUAGCCCAACAGGAAGAUAGACAAACUAAGAAGCUUCUCAGGAGGCGGUCUACCAAAGGAGAGAUUCCUCAUGAUAAAGAAACUGAGUUAAAAUAAACAAGAAUACUUGAAACUCAAGAAAGUCCUCAACCAGAAAAUGAUGGAGCUUAGGAGAGUCAACCAGACCAAUAAGAAAAGGAACAAAAGCAGAAAGAAUAUGGAAAGGAGCAAUGUUUAUAAUAACAAUCCGCCCCCUAAGGAACAGAAUAGCAAGUUUGUCAGAUUCAAUAUGGAAGAAGCUCACAGAAAAGCAGGCAAAACGCCUAAAAACCGGAAAGGAGUGGCUUUUAAUUUCGAAGCAUCAAGUUCUGAUGAUGGGAAGCCGAUUAUACAGAAAGAGUACUCAGCCCAGUACCAGAGUCAAUACAAGGAUAAAGAAGAUGACCAAAUUGGAGUUCAAUAUAACAAAAGCAGGCAUAGUAACUCAUUAUUAAUCUGCAAGAUCAACAAAGUUGAGAAUUUGAAGAUAGUCCAUACAACUGAAGACAGCCAAUUUAAGAGAAGGAAGUUCUCCACUAAAUCAAAAGCUGACAACCAAGACUCUUCACAUUUUGCUGAGAAUGAGCGAAUGCAGUACCCUCAAUCAGUUGGAAGGAAUGAUGGGGCGAAGACUCAUAGGCAAAGGAAUAAUAUUGAUAAAGCAACUAGUUUCGUGCAAGGGAACAAGAAUAGGUUAACUAGAAACCCAAAUACCCCUAAAGAAGUUGAGUCUAAAACGUAUCAUAAUCAUAUGCAUCACAAUAGUAGUCAUGUGGGUGACGAUGGAAGAAAUGGGAGCAAAUUUCCUUAUGAUUCCAAGCUCCUGGAGGUUUCUAAGAAGAGGAACAGAAAAGACUUCAAAAGUGGAGAUGCUAAGGCAAAUAACUUCAAAUUUAUGAAUCUAAACUGGCUUAAUCAAAAUAAAAAUGACCAGCUUCCUUCUUUUUAUGCUAAUCAGAUGGUCGCUGGGGGCCUUGAUAAUACAAGCUCUAUUUACCAGAAUUUAGAAUUGAGCAAUAUUAAUUAUGCAAACCAGAAUGAAAUUAGUGGGUUGGUAAAUCAGAAUGAUUUGAGCAGUUUGAUCAGCCAAAACCAACUAGGGCAAAUGCAGCUAAAUAAUAAUCAAAGUUUGCUCGUAUACGAUAAGCAAACUAAUUCUAUUAUUCCUUUAAAUCCUGGAGUUAAAGGACAGGGAAAUAAUAUUUUGAUCAACAACCCACCCUUUGCAGGUUCUGGCCUACAAAAUAAUAUAGAAAUUGAGAAGACACCUUCAAGGAGCGGUCUUGAGACUACCAGGACAGAAGUAAGGAAUGAUAGAGGUGGUAACAUUCCUUUCUAUUUCCAAGAUGCUAAGCUCCAGCUUGAUUUUUCGAAUAACGUAACUCCUGAUACAAAGAGAUGUUCUGACUUACUCAUCGGAAAGGAUAUAUCAAAUAUACAGCUAGAUCUUGAUGACAGUCAGAUAAACCCAAUUAAUAAAAUCUCUUCUAAUUUUGCUUCGAACAGUAAGGAAAAUGAUAAGCUGGAUUCUUCAGUGCAGAUUACUACAAAGAGCUCUUUGGUGCAGGUAAAUAGUAAGGAUUCUCUCAACCUUCGCCAAGAAACUGGGAUUAGGAACAUAGAAAUCUCUAGGCUCAAGGCAAGUGAUUAUGAUCUCAACAAUCGUGAAUCACAGUCUAUCAACGGUGAUUAUUUAAUCUCUAAGAGACAAUUUAAAUUGCCAAGAGACACAAUCAUUGAGGAAAGCGAUCAUGGAGACUCUAUCCAGCCUACUAAGACCAGCACUGACUCUAAACUUGUUGAUGAAGAUUCUAAAAUUUCUCACAAAGAAAGUGUAAUCUGGGUCGGAGAUGACACUAUACAGGAUAAUGCAACUCUUCUCAAAAAGAAGAAAAUUAUGGAGAAAAGACUAAACAAUCGGAAUCGACAGAGAAGUGCAAAGUCUAGAGGUAAAAGUGAGAACAUUCCUGAUCAGGAUGCUUCAGAGAAUACAAUAAGGCAUUUAGAGACUACUUAUAAUAAAUUCCCGGAAUCCAUGCUUAAGAACAACAAAUUUAGCACGAUUGAACAAUCAGACUCAGGUAAUUUUGAUAUCAAAAGAAAAGAGAAUAAGUUAGUUCAGAAGAAAAGUCCUAUCUUUGUAGACCUAAUGAGCUCACACGACGUAAAUCAUGAAUCUACAGACUCUCAUCGUGUUCUAAACUCAGGGGAUAAUCCUAUUUCCUCAAUUUCGUCCAAAGGAGGGUUGAUGAAUUUUAAUGCUUUCCAGUCAGACUCAUCACGGCCAAAGCUUGAAGAGCCCAUGAUCAUUGGGGCUCAGGAUACCAACGCCAGCUUGGCAGAGAUGUUCAAGUCCAAGAACAAGGGAAUAGCAAACAAGCUAAGCCAGAGGCAGAACUGUAAGAGCAAGAAUCGUGCUCAGAAAAAGCCAAAGACCAAGGAAGAACUCGCAGAUAUUCGAAAAUAACAUGAUGAAGAAGCGGCAUAGAUCUACUUCUCCCAGUGAUGUUCUGGGAGACAUCAAACAAUCCACCCUGAAAGAUACCUCUAUUGGCGGAGAAGCAUGGGGUCUCAAGGGUAAAGGCAACAAGAGCAAGCCUAGACAGAAGUGAAGGGAGCCUCCUCCAGAACUCCUCGAAAGACUUGCUGGCAAAAAGAAGAAAAAGAUCACAGAGAAAGAAUUCCGGCAACAUGCUUCCAAAAAUUACGAGAAAUUACCCGAAGUCAGGAAGAGGAAGGAAGAACAGAAGAAGAAAGAUGAGAUAAAAGCCAGGCUCAACAGAGCCAAAGAGUUUGAUAAGAAGCGUAGCGAAAGAUACGGGCACAAGCAAAAGAAUUAAUCAUAAUUGAGCAACUAACAAAUUGGCAGGAAUUACGACUAUAAGCG